AUGCGUCCGGCACUGCUGUGCAUCGAUAUGCAGGAGCACUUUCGUGACGGCAUGGCUGCAGCAGUCGUUGGCCGGCUGAACAACUUGAUCGAUGUCUGCCGCAGGCUUCACAUCACCAUCAUCUUCACACAGCACGGGCACCCCCUGCUCGACCCAGAGGCUGAGGAGCGCAGCAGCGUGCUGGUGCGGUGGUGGGGUGCCGACGGCAGCAUACGGCACGGGUCGCACGCCUGGCAGCUGCUGCCUGAGCUGCACGUCAAGCCUGGAGAGGACCCAAUCAUAUCGACCAAGCAGACCUACGAUGCGUUUCAGGGCACCGAGCUGCUGGAGCUGCUGCAGAAGCAUGACUGCGACACUCUAGUGAUUGGCGGCGUGAUGACAAACUUGUGCUGUGAGACAACGGCAAGGUCUUCGUUCACCAAGAACUUCGAAGUCCUGUUCCUGUCUGACGGCACAGCGACAGCCAGCAAAGAGAUGCAUGACGCCAGCCUGCUCAACCUCUCGUACGGGUUUGCCAGGGUGCUGACCUGCGCCGAGGCGGAGCAGGAGCUGAAGCGGAGCUGCAGCGGGGGCGACCCACCAGCAUGA